GGUGUAGCAGUCGCGCUGGCAAAGGAUGAGCGUCGCCGUGAAGCUCAUCGGCAGCGGCAAGUUCCGGCCGUUUCGCAACCUGUGGAUGCUGGAGGAGCUGGGCAUCGCCUACGAGCACGUGCCCGCGAAGCCCCACAGCGCCGAGUCGCGGGCGAACCCGGGCUUCCCGAACAAGGUGCCGUCGCUGGUCGUCGCCGACGAAGUCACGCUCUUCGAGAGCGCGGCGAUCAACACGUACCUCGGCGACCGCUUCCGGUCGGCGGGCGUCGCGGACCUCGUGCCCGCGGCGGGCACGCCCGCGCGCGGCGUCUACGAGCAGUGGGUGCACUGCGGCAUGGCGGAGCUCGACGCCCAGGCCCUCUGGAUCCACCGCAAGCACGACGCGCUCGCCGACGUUCUAGCGCCGCGCGACCCCGUGGCGACGGAGACCGCGCGGAAGCACGCGGCCAAGGUCUUCCGCGUCUUCGCCGAGGCGCUCGCGGGCCGGGACUACCUCGUCGGCGACCACGGCUUCUCCGCCGCGGACAUCCUCUUCGUCCACUGCUGCAACUGGGCCGACAGCAUCGGCUGGGCGGCCACGUGGCCCGACGACCUCGGGCCGGACCUCCACGCGGCGCUCGCGGCCUACCUCGACCGGUGCCGCGCGCGCGACGCCUACGCGCGCGCCAAGGCCCUGCCCUGAGCGUCCGCGCUCGUAUGUUAGAGCGACACUUAUGU